AUGGCUUCCGCUACUGCUUCCAUCUCGUCGCACUCCAUCGCCCUGCGCGAUCUCAAAGCCGCGAGGAUUGGAGCCGUGAGGCAGCAGGUGGCCGUGGUUCCUGCGGGCCUGCCGGCAACGGCGCCCAAGGGCCAGCGCGCGAGGGCGGUGCGCCCGCUGUGCGCGGCGGAGCCAGCGAGGAAGCCAGUGUCGGCCUCCGCGGCCUCGUCGCCGGUGGCGCCGGUGGAGGAGGAGGCAUCUGCCGUGGCGGCCGUGGACUACGAGGCCCUGGCGCAGGAGCUGGUGGGCGCGUCGCCGCUGGAGAUCAUGGAUCGUGCGCUCGACAUGUUCGGCUCCGAAAUCGCCAUCGCCUUCAGUGGUGCCGAGGACGUGGCCCUCAUCGAAUACGCGAAACUGACUGGACGCCCCUUCAGGGUGUUCAGCCUUGACACUGGGCGACUGAACCCAGAGACAUACGAACUCUUCGACAAGGUGGAGAAGCACUAUGGUAUCCACAUCGAGUACAUGUUCCCUGAGGCCAGCGAGGUGCAAGACCUUGUGAGGAGCAAGGGCCUCUUCUCUUUCUACGAGGACGGACACCAGGAGUGCUGCAGGGUGAGGAAGGUUCGGCCCUUGAGGAGGGCCCUCAAGGGCCUCAAGGCCUGGAUCACCGGGCAGAGGAAGGAUCAGUCCCCUGGCACCAGAGCCAGCAUCCCUGUUGUUCAAGUUGAUCCGUCUUUUGAAGGGCUGGAUGGUGGAGCCGGUAGCUUGAUCAAGUGGAACCCUGUGGCUAAUGUGGAUGGCAAGGAUAUCUGGACCUUCCUCAGGACCAUGGAUGUCCCUGUGAACACCCUGCAUGCUCAAGGCUACGUCUCCAUUGGGUGCGAGCCGUGCACCAGGCCCGUGUUGCCGGGGCAGCACGAGAGGGAAGGGAGGUGGUGGUGGGAGGACGCCACGGCCAAGGAGUGCGGCCUGCACAACGGUAACAUCGACAAGGAAGGUCAGGCACCCAAGGUCGGCGUCAACGGCAACGGCUCGGCCGAGGCCAGCGCCCCAGACAUCUUCCAGAGCCAGGCCAUCGUCAACCUCACCCGUCCCGGGAUCGAGAACCUCCUGCGGCUCGAGAACCGCGCCGAGCCGUGGCUCACCGUCCUCUACGCUCCCUGGUGCCCAUACUGCCAGGCAAUGGAGGCGUCCUACGUUGAGCUGGCCGAGAAGCUGAGCGGCUCAGGCAUCAAGGUGGCCAAGUUCCGCGCGGACGGCGAGCAGAAGCCAUUCGCGCAGGCGGAGCUGCAACUACAGAGCUUCCCGACGAUCCUCCUGUUCCCCGGCCGCACCGUGAAGCCCAUCAAGUACCCGUCCGAGAAGAGGGACGUCCAGUCCCUCCUCGCCUUCGUGAACAGCCUCAGAUGA